GCAGCGAAUGGAAACAACUCUCACUGCGCAGUGUCAUGUGCCUGAAAUUGAGGCCUGUGUGGAACGCCCUCACAGAGGACAGGUCUUCGUUCCUGGUGAUACGGUCGAGUCAUGUGUUCCUUCCUCCAUGCUUGAGUAGGACUUCAUAUUGUCAUCUAAAUCUAAAUAACAAAAAAUGUCCUCUAUGAGGGCACUCCCCGCAGGCCCUCUAUAGAACACCAUAAGUAACUGGCUAGGCCUCGGGCCUAUAUUCAUUCCGAUCCCCAGCACAUGCUGCAGUUCUGGGCCUUGAUAAUCGUAGGCCGAGCAGAGCUGACGACGUCGGACCCCACACUGGGCUGGUGGUCCCAUGUGGAGAUGGGUCCCCCUGACCCCAUUCUUGGGGUCACAGAGGCAUUCAAGCGUGACUCGAACCCCAACAAGAUGAACCUUGGUGUCGGAGCCUACCGAGAUGAUGAGGGGAAACCGUUUGUCCUGCCAACUGUGAGAAAGGCUGAGGCCAAGAUAGCAGCCAGCAAUAUGGACCAUGAGUACCUGGGCAUCACAGGCCUCCCCGAAUUCACCAAGGCCUCUGCCAGGCUGGCCUUUGGAGAGGACAGCGAAGUCAUCAGCAGUGGUCGGAAUGUGACUGUCCAGGGGGUCUCUGGCACAGGGUCCCUGCGAAUUGGUGGCAACUACCUGGCCAGGUUUUUCCCUGGCAUCAAGUCGAUCUACCUGCCAACUCCUUCCUGGGGCAACCACACACCAAUCUUUAGGGAUUCAGGUCUUGAGGUUAAAAGUUACCGGUACUAUGACAAGAAUACGUGUGGAUUUGAUGCUGCAGGGGCCAUGGAGGAUAUUUCUAAAAUCCCAGAGAAGUCUAUCAUCAUCCUGCAUGCCUGUGCCCACAAUCCUACUGGAGUAGACCCCAAGCCAGAGCAGUGGGAAGAAUUGAGUAGAAUUAUCAAGGACCGCCAGCUGUUCCCGUUCUUCGACAUGGCCUACCAAGGCUUUGCCAGUGGGGACCCGGCUCGUGACGCCUGGGGCCUGCGCCACUUCAUCGCGGAGGGCCACACUCUGGCCCUUUCCCAGUCCUACGCCAAGAACAUGGGGCUGUAUGGCCAGCGGGUCGGGGGCUUCAGCCUGGUCUGCGCCGACCCGGACGAGGCCAAGCGCUGCGAAUCGCAACUCAAGAUCAUCAUCAGGCCCAUGUACUCCAACCCGCCACUGAACGGGGCCAGGAUUGCCAGCCUUAUCAUGAACACGCCAGAGCUCAAUGCUGAGUGGAAAAAGGAGUUGGAGCUGAUGUCUGGCCGCAUCAUUUCCAUGAGAACCCAGCUGGUGGACAACCUGAGGAAAGAAGGCUCUACCAGGGACUGGUCUCACAUCACCGACCAAAUUGGCAUGUUCUGCUUCACGGGGCUGAAGCCAGACCAGGUGGAACGACUCAUCAAGGACUUCUCAGUCUACCUGACUAAGGAUGGUCGCAUCUCUGUGGCCGGAAUCUCGUCCAAGAACAAUGCUUACCUGGCCCAUGCCAUGCACGAGGUCAGCAAGUGAGAAGCUGAUGACACAGAUGGCGAGGUCAUGACAUUCGACCCUAAACUGGUUUCCCUGCAAAAACUGUUCACUUGAGCUGUGGGUACCAGGCUCGGACAUCAUUGCACUAUUGGGUUCGACAGUUAGGAAGCAAAUCAAGGAAAUGGAGAAUUAAUGGCAAUCAUGGUACUAAACUGACACAAAUGUUUCAAGAAUGGUUUUGAAAAAUAAUUAAAAUAUUGAAAUAAUUAAUUUUAGAAUUUUUCCCCAAAAGUUGUACCCUUUUUAAGAUAUCGUAUGCUUGAAGUAGGGGAAAUUACUAACCCCAGCUUUCCGAAAUCCUUCAAACUUCAAUAAUACUUUGAUAGGUCUUCGAUAAUACUGUAAAUUUUAGCAAGUUAAGAGCCUGGCUAUCAUUACUUCACAGGAGGCUUAAAAGUUAAGGGACGAAGAAGUUGUGUGUGUGUCGUUUUGAAUAAUGGAAGAUUUUGGAGGAUUUCGAAAAUUUAGUGGGAUUUAUGUGUAAGCUUAACAAGUGUAAUGGCUGGGUUGUAGUCUUUUUGGGGCUUUACUUAGAGAACCGAUCUCCUUGUAUGUUGGGAGAAUUUGGAUCUCAAAAUCAGUGUCAUACUGCAUCAAAGUUACAGAGAAAAAAAGAAAUUGAAUAUAGUUUACCCAGUUUUGUGGCUUUGCUUAAGCCAUGGAUUCAUGCUAAGAGCACAAAAUACAUAAAGUAGAAAUGUAACACCAAUCUUUCUUCCGAAUGCCUUAAAACGUGGACUGUUCUGCUGUUUUUUGCGAAGACUCAUCAGUUUAAGGGAUUAAAUUUGAUCCAUGAACUUUGCAGAGUUUGAAAUUGAAAAGAACUCUUCAUUAAUGAAAGCAGCUGAACGGAAUUGCAAUGUGUUCCCUCGCUUGUGGUCAUUGGUGUAGGUAGUGACAGAUGUAUGAGUAAAAGGUAAUUUUAAACUCUCAGUUGAUAAAAGUGCUAAAUUAUGUUCAGGUAUUAAUUUAUUUGACAGAAACAGCUCUCAACUUUCCAUCUUGAACAUCAGGCUUCUUUUCUGCUAGUGCCAAAAAGGUUAUUAAUCAUAUGUAAAUUUCUAUAAUUAGACCUCAUUUGAUUCGUUUUGCUUCCUGCAAAAGUAGUAAGCUACGCAGCUGACUUACGUGAGAUGUUAGUGUUCAAUAUUGUUGGUCUUGUUUGCAGGGAGUGCUGUUUCAUAUUGUAGCCUCCAUUUUUGAAAGAGUUUUGGAAGCUGGAGAAUAUUAUGCUCUGGCACAAAAUUUGAAUAGAGACUGUUGACAGUCCUAGUGGGCCACCAAUUAUUUGCAUCGAAAAUGCCACUUUUUGUACUUCAUUGCCGUCACCUUGCGAAUAUUGUCUCCUGUGAUUUAUUCAAUUUUCACUGUUGACAUGCUAUGCCAUGCAUGUUCAAUAUGCAGUUAGAAAUUUCGUAAUUAGACGUAAACUGCAAUGUAUGGAAACUGCCAAAUCCCUGGCAACAUGAAUUUCACAUGGUGAUUUUUUUCCCAUGAAGCACUGCAGAAAGAUGAGCAUGUUGUGAUGAACUUGUUGGGUACACUUUGUUGUAAAACCUUCGGUCGAGGAAAAUGGAUUACGAAAAAAAAAAAUUGCGUGAUGAGAAUAACGAAUGUACAGGAAAAUUUAUGUGCAUUCAACUUCCUCAGUGUGAAAAGUAUAAAAUGAAUGGUUUAAAAAGUGUUUCUAAAGGUUUUAACUUUAAAACCUAUACUUAGGCCAAACAGUGUGGUUUAUUUCUAAAAAGUUGUUUAAAUAGUGAUUCUGUAACAUUUUGUAAAAUAGAAGAAUGCAACGUUGGGUAAAUAUUACCAUUUGUGGGAGUGAUUCCUGUCACAAUUAUGGGCAAAACUUGGGGCAUUUGUGUAGUUUUUUAAACUACAGUGCUGGAAACGGAUUUCAGUGAAAAGCAGAAUGCAGAAAUUGGAUUGUAGUUCGGAAGAUGGAGUUUUUUCAACUUUCCAUCAUUUCUAGGCUUUCAUACCUUUGAAAAUUUCAUUUGAAAUGAAUACAAAGUUCUUUAUAAUACUGUUGUCAGAGAUACCAGGAAUGGUGUUCAUCAGUUUACUUGAGAAACUGUCAGGCACGUAGAGUUGUGUUUGGAGUUAAUACUCGCAAAAGACUUGAUGAAUGUUUGUCCCUUUACCACCCACUUGUUUCAACCACCUUGGACCGCCCAUGGAGCCAGUUCAGAUAUUUAAGUGUCAACGAUUUUGCUCAGAAACAUCUGCUGUUUGAUGUAUGAAUUGCAGUACAUUAAAAGGAAAAAAAAAACUA